AUGUCUGGAAGGGUUUCCGUCGACGAGCUUUCCAAGCAUAACAAUCCCGAUGACCUCUGGAUCGUGGUCAAUGGUAAAGUGUACGAUCUGUCGAAGUUCGCACCGGAGCAUCCUGGGGGCCCGGAUGGCAAGGAUGGCAGCGAGACAUACAACCAAUACCAUGCCGCAGAUCUCAUCGAAAGAAGUCUUUCCGACGCCGAGAAGAAGGGUGUAUUAGACGAACCCACGGUCACCAAAGAAUGGAAGGACGCUCAACAACAGUCAUCGGUCACUCAAUCGGAUCCGGAGCAGAAACCACUACUUGAGACCAUCAUCAAUCUGAACGAUUUCGAACAGGCCUUCAACAAGUUCGGCGCUCAGAAGGCCAAUGCUUACAUCUCGGGUGCAUCGAAUGAUCUGCUAACGCUCAAUGCCAACAAGUCGUACUGGCAGAAACUAUGGUUCCGACCUAGGAUCAUGCGUAAUGUCUCCACUAUCAACACCGAGAUGACCAUGCUAGGUCAGAAGGUCAAAAUGCCAGUCUGGAUCUGUCCAAUGGGCAUCGCAAAAGUCGCAGGUCCAGAAGGUGAGACCGCUCUCGCGGCUGGAGCGGCAGCGAGUGGCAUCAUUCACUGCACUUCUGUAACUGCAUCGUAUGGACUUGAGGACAUCCUGGCCGCGGCACCUAACAAUCCCUUCUUCUACCAGUUGUACGUCGACAAGCAACGGCACAAGUCCGAGGAGAUUUUGAAAAAGAUCGAGAUGCACAACCAGAUUAAAGCGCUGUUUGUGACGGUGGAUCUGGCUGUUGUGUCCAAGCGAGAAGCAGACGAGCGUAUUCGAACGCAAGAAGUCACUUCUCUCUAUCUCUCUGGCGAGAAAAACAAAGUUGACAAGAAAGGUGGCGGUCUGGCCCGUACGACUGGAUCCUUCAUCGACUGGGCUUUGUCAUGGGACGAUCUGGCAUGGCUACGAAAGCAUACCAAGCUACCAAUCGUGGUGAAAGGCAUCCAAUCAGCUGCAGACGCCAAGCUGGCUAUGCAGCUGGGCUGUCAAGGUAUUGUCGUCAGCAACCAUGGUGGUCGUGCGCUUGACAAUGCACCAGCUACGAUACUAGUAUUGCUAGAGAUGAGACGAGACUGUCCAGAGGUUUUUGAAAAGAUUGAAGUGUUCGUUGACGGCGGAGUGAGAAGAGGAUCUGACAUCUUAAAGGCCGUCUGUCUGGGUGCUAGAGGUGUUGGUGUCGGCCGACCCUUCCAGUGCUCGGUCAUGUAUAACAAGGAGGGUGUCGAAUCUUGCGCAGAGAUCUUGCAAGACGAGCUCGAGACAGCAAUGCGACUAUGUGGCGUCACCAACCUCGAGAAAGCAAGAGGCGAUAUGUCCUACCUCAACACCUCCGAGAUCGAGCAGUACCUGCCCAAGCCGCAGGUCCGGUCAUUAUUCUCUGGCUGGUUCAGAUCAAGGUUAUAG